AAAAGAUCCUCCAUUCAAACACUACGCACUCACAACUGAACCAACCUGUUGAGCGGAUGGUGUAGGGUGUUGUUUCAGUCUCUUUAGUCUCUUUUGGGUGCUUCCUUUACAACCACAUUUCAUACUUCCACCAUUCAGUAUCUUUCUUCUUAAUAAAGAUUAAAACCUCACCGUCAUGAUGAAGACUUUGGCAUUCGUUUUUUUGACACUUUGGUCGCUUGUAUUGGCAGAAGCAGAGGAGGAUCCAUUUACCUUUGAUUAUAGCAGACUCCGGAUUGGUGGUCUGAUCCUGGCAGCAGUUCUGUGUCUGAUUGGUAUCACAAUUCUUCUAAGUGGCCACUGCAGAUGCAAAUUUAACCAGAACAAAAGACGAAGAUCCGGAAGCAACCCCCAGCAGAUGCUCAAUGACACAGCAAGGGCCAGUGAAUGCUAAAAAAUAAAAAUGACUUGGCCUGGGCCAAUCAGAGAUGGUUUCGCCUUCAUUCAUCGCAUGUACUGGUUUAUCAGAGGAAGGAUUUCUCCUGAUGGGGAAUUUGAUAUGAAGAUCUUCUGUGUUCACUGCCUCUUCUCCACUUCAUAAAGGAGUAAUACAAAUUAUGUCCUUGUGUUUUUUUAUGCCAGAUGUGCCCUGUUCUUUUAUCUAAAUUGAUUACCAAAAAUUCUAUGUAUUUUUUAUCCUGUCAGUAAUUGUUUUAAAUUAUCUUGAGCAUAGGUGUGAAAGCUGGCAGUAUCUUAAUUCAGUCUCACAUGGUAACCAUUAACCAAAUAUAACAGUAGCAAAUCAUUUCAACAUUACACGUUUGUACAACAUUACAUGAAUUUUGUGUGAAGUAGGCCCUAGUAUUGUUCAGUUUAAUUUGUAGUUGAAUAACAUGCAAAAACAUACUUCAUAUUUACACUGGAAUAGCCUAUUGUAAUGUGCUUGAUAUGUUUUGUUUCAGCCUAUUUCGAACCACAUUUUUGUAACAUGAAGAGGUUGUUUGUUUUUCUGUUGUGUGAAAAAACUGUCAGUAUCAGUCAACGAUAAACACCAAAAUAAAUAAAUAAAAAACACUAAAACUACA